AUGCGGUGCGUGGAAAGUCGCAGUCCUUGGGGUGGUGUUUUUCACGCACAGUUCACUGUGGUGACGGCGGCCAACCUCCCGCCAAAGCCGGUGCUCGCCGUUCACACUGGCAACGUGCGCAGGCAAAUCAAGUUGGAGGUGAACCACCCCUUCGUGCUGCCGGACCCUGGUUCGAAGCCAGCCCAUGUAGAGGCAGUUGACAUGCGUGCCGAUGAUUCCAAAAGCAACUUGAAGUCCCUGCCGGAGGCAAUUCUGGAGGCUGGAUCGAAGGAUGGGAAUGAAAUCUCAGAUAUUUCUCCUGUGCGAAAAGGAGCGACAUCUUCGUGGUCCCAGAAGCUAGAUGAAUUCUUUAAGGUUACAGAAAAGGGCUCGACUUUACAGACAGAGAUUCGGGCUGGCUUCAUCAAUUGGAUGACUAUGUGUUACAUUCUUGUGGUUAACCCUGUCAUCCUCGGAAGCGCAGAUCCAGACAGCCAUGUCUCUACGGAGACCAUAAUGACUGCAACAGCUGUCUCAUCGGCAAUCGGCUGCCUUGUAGUUGCCCUUUCUAGCGACGCGCCGCUGGGACUGAUGCCUGGCAUGGGUCUGAACGCGUACUUCUCUUUUGGAAUCUGCCGGUCCUUCCAUGUGACUUUUGGACAGGCGCUGAGCUGCUGUUUCGUCAGUGGCGCUGCGCUGCUGUUGUUGGCCGUUCUUGGGGUUUGCCAAUGGAUCGUCACCACAGUUCUGUCAGAGCACUUGAAGAAAGCAAUCACUGUGGCCAUCGGCGUGUUCCAGGCUUUGAUUGGCUUCCAAGUGAUGGGUUUGGUUGUGGCAUCGCCGAAUACUUUGGUGACGCUUGGUGACGUAGGAUGGUCAAACAAGCAGCUUUACCUGGCCCUCAUGGGGUUUUGUUUGAUCUCCGCGAUGCUGGUCAGCAGAUUGCAUGGGGCUCUUCUUGUAGGCAUUUGUCUCAUGUCCGUUUGUGCAUGGAGCACCGGGCUCUCAGAUGCGCCGCUAGGUGUUUUCAGUCUCCCCAGGUAUGAUGCAGGCUUUUUGCUGGACUUCUCCUGCUGGGAUCCAGGGAGCGGCAAGCUCCAUGCCAUGAUCCUGGGCAGUAUGGUGCUCUUGUUCGUGGCUCUGUUCGACUUGGCCGGCGUCCAGUAUGGCUUGAUGGGAAUCGCGGGCCUGCUACAAGAUGGGCAUGUGCCGAGGAGUCAAUGCAUUUUCUCUAGUGCUGCCAUCGCCACAAUGUCCGGAGCGGUCAUUGGCACCAGCCCCGUCAUUAUCGCCAACGAGAGCAGCGCUGGGAUUGUUGAGGGUGCGAAGACCGGCCUUUCUGCCCUGGUGAUCUCUGGGCUUUUUCUCGUGUCUGCAUUUUUGACUCCUUUGUUGAGCUCCAUACCUCGAGUCGCGACUUCUGUCCCUCUGGUUCUGAUUGGGGCCUUCAUGAUGGCUCCAUGCAGAGGUAUUGAUUGGGACAAUCUUCGGGCAGCCAUCCCUUCCUUCCUGACCAUCACGGUUGUGCCUUUCACGUAUUCGAUCCACAAUGGAAUCAUCGCAGGAAUCUUAAUGGAUGCCUUCCUAAUGGUCUCUGCAAAGAAGGACCAGCCUCCCGAAUUGACCGCCGAUCCACAUCUGGCCCAGCCACUGAUUCCUCAAUCGGGCUCAAGAGUCCAGUCUCCCGUGCUCGAGAGGGUCUUCAGCACACCCCAUGCCAGCAUGGCUUUUGCGCCGGAGAAGGUCAGCGAUCAGGUAGAGCAAGCUCAGCACCUCUUGGAGCAAUUGCGGCGGACGAGGGGCUUGGGUCACGAGCCAGACCAGGGCGGUGGUAUCGAAAGCGGGGAGGAUCGUCUGCUCUCGGCUUUGGAGGCGUAUGUGCAGUCCCAUACUAUGGUUGCGACCGGAGCCGUGGAGGGCUUGCCACCAUUUAAUCAUCUCUUGAUUCGACUAGUUUCCAUUUACCAGCAGCUUGCAAGUCAGCUGCUGCCAGAGGAUGGCCAUUCUGAGGCAGGUGUGGCUGUUUUCAGGUCCGCCCAAGUGGAAGUCGGUGACGGAGAGGAAUGCACGUGUCUUAUGCAGGUCGAGGUCGACAGGUCAAGUAUGGACAUGAUAAUUCAAAAGGAUGUCGAGGUGUAUCAUGGAGAGGGCUUGUACCACGGAUCAUCAGACCUUGGACUGGGGGCAAUUCCCGUGGCCGAGGCUGGCGGUAUCGUGAGGGCUAACCUCGCGACAGCGCAGCACAUGGUCAAGCUGCAGGACAGCUGCGUCCUGGUCAGCGCCAUCCAGAGACUAGGCUCCUGCUAUUUGGUCUGCCUGUCACAUGAGCCGGCCUUAGUGUGCACCGGGGAGAUGGCGACUGGAUCCACAUCGCGCAAGGCAAAGAAACUCGCUUUGUUCGAAGCCAUCGACAAAGACGGAGAUGGCUAUCUCAACCAGGGCGAGAUGAUGCAGCUGGCCAAGCUAGUGGGGUUCGAUGGAGACACGGAGGAGUGGAAGAAGGAGUAUCACGCUCUUUGCACAGAAGUCAAGGCAACCUGGCUUCUGAGCUACCUUAUGUUGGCCUUGUGCCCAGCCGCGGGAAGCUUAGCUGUUGUCCUGAAAAUGCUGGAUGACACGUCUGACACGGGCUGCUUCUGCACGGAUGAGGAACUCCAGCUCCUGUUGUCAGCGCAGCCCCGCCCCGGGACCAAGCGGCAGAAGGAAGACAUAGGUAAUGACGCCAAGGUUCGAUUUUCCGGCGCAUCUUCCGAUAUCGCCGAGGACACGCUGCGGAAGUUCUUCGGAAGAGCCGGCGAGGUGCUUGCCCUCAACCUCUUCAAACUCAAGGACGGGCAAUCACGAGGUAUGGGAAUGGUCACAUACAAGAACGCCAAGCAGGCGAAGCAAGCUUUACUCCAGCUGAACAACAACAAGGUGCAGGGAUGGACGAUUUCAGUGUACACUGACCAUGAGAACGACAGCACCACGCAGAAGCCACCAGCUUUGGGUGAAACCUAUGCCGCGUGGUACGGCAAAGGGAGCACAGGAAAGCGUCAUGGCGGCUCCUCAGGUGAAGGCAGCUCCGACGGGUGUUCGAUCAGCUUCGAUGGUGCUCCCCUGGAGAUGAGCAGCGACAGGCUCUACUCCAUGUUCGAGGAAUGUGGGAAGAUCAAGAGCUUCUGGCUGUUUCGACAGCCCGAUGGACGGUCCCGUGGUCAGGGUCUCGUGGAGUAUUCCUCGCAGAAGGAAGCCAGGUCUGCCAUCAACUACUUGAACGGAUGGUCGAUCGGUUCCUCCACGCUGACGGUUCAGGAGGAUCGUGUGGGGGCGUCUGCGGAGUCGCAAGGCACCUGGGCGGACAAGGGAGAGGACUGGUGGGAUGGUCACUCAGUAUUCUUCAGCGGCGCUCCCAGCCAGCUGCCGGUCGGAAGAGUCCAGUCCUACUUUCGAGAGUAUGGCACAGUGCUGAGACCCAACAGCACAGGCGUGCUGCUAUACUUGCUGAUCAGCCAAGUGACUAGUGUGCUCAUACAUGGCAUCAGAAGCCUUGCCGCAGCCAUGGCGGCAGCGGAUGAUGACGCCGUGACGGAGCAGAAGGAGCUCUGUCGGCGUAAUGGCUUGUUUGUUUGCUCUUCUGUCGGACGGGUCAAGGAUGAGUCACAAGAGCCGCGGAGAGGUGCACUGCACGUGUGUUCAAGUGCAGGCAAGAACAUCCGGAUGUGUAGCAGCGUAGCAUGCACCUGCAUGGACAAGCCAUUUUGGCUUGAAGCAUCCUGUAGUGAGCACCUUGAGCGGCAGCCAGCAGCACAGCCGGCGCCGAUAGCCAUGGCUUCACUCUCCUAUUAUGCAGGAGGUGAGUGGAUGAAUUUUCCCUACGGCAGCGAGCCGCGGAAACCGAAGGUCGAAGUCCUCCAUGCGACCAAGGAGCUAGUAAAGUUUACCCUCAGUGAUACGGACGUCAGUGUGGCGAACUCCCUUAGACGCGUGAUCCUUGCCGAGGUUCCGACCAUGGCCAUCGAGAUCGUCAACAUCGAAGAAAACGACACAGUUCUCUUUGAUGAGUUUAUUGCGCACAGGAUGGGUUUGAUACCCUUAUCUAGCCACGGAGUUGGAGAUAUUCCUCCCGACGGUGGUAUGUUAGAGUUCAAGGAUUGCAACUGCUUUGAUGGAUGUCCAUACUGCACGAGGGAGUUCAGGCUCGAUGUUACCAAUCGUGAGGACAAGGUUCUUUCAGUAACUCAUUUCGAUAUUCAGGAGGACACAGCGCAGACGAAAAGGUUUGAACGACCGGAGUGGCCGCACUUCAAGAAGGUGCGGUGCUGUCCUUUUCAGGACCCUACCCUAGAUGAGGAAGCAGAUCACAAAGAGAAUGGCAUUAUCAUUGCCAAGAUGAAGAAGGAUCAGAGCUUGAAGAUGAUUUGCACGGCCCGGAAAGGCAUUCCAAAGUAUCAUUCCAAAUGGAUGCCAGUGGCAACCUGCGUCAUGAACUAUGAACCGAUUGUAACAGUGAAUCCAGAAGUUGCAGCCAAGCUGACACUAGAUGAGAAGAUAGACUUCGUUCAAUCUUGUCCUCGGAAAGUCUUUGAGAUGGUUGACAUCGAGGACACUAUUGAGGUGGCCAGGCAUCAAGACUGCAUAUUUUGUGACGAGUGCACGACUAAAGCCAGACUGCUGAACAAGAAGGAUCUUUGCACAGCAACGAUGGACACGUCCAAAUUCCACUUCACGGUUGAGGCUGUGACGUCGGAUGGGCCACGCACAGCUGUGGACGUUGUCCGUGCUGCCCUGCGAAUACUGGACUACAAGCUGUCCCUCUUUCUUAAGGAUGCAUAUGGGGACGACAUCCAAGAUCACCUGCCCUUGGAACCAGCGGUGCAGAUGGCGGCAACAUUUUCCUGUUGGGAGCCAAGCUGCGCCUCACGAAGACGGCUGAACUUGUCCGAGCUCGUGUACAGGACGUUCGGCUCGGGUAGCGUGCAGCGGGCCAGUAUCGGAUACAUUGCUGUGAGGCAGAAGAGCGCGACAGUGACAACUUUGAAGGCAAAGCAUUGCGACGGCGAGGAUUGGCACCGAACCAGGCGGUUCCCCCUUGAGCGCUGGGACGCCGGGACGCUCCCGAAAGGACACUGCAGAGACUUUGCAGAGCGCGGAGAGAUGCGGAGAGUGGAUGUCCGGCAGAGGUCCGCCGAGGAGGAUUCUUCCAGCAGCAACAGCAGUCCGAGUCCACGCAAGCUGAGAAGCAAGCUGUGCCACUUGGCCUUUGGUUACGCGAGUGAAGCCGUGCUUCUGCAGCAAAGCCACGUGAUUUCCAGCGGCUUCUGGGGAAGAGCUCUUGGUGGCAACGACGUUGCUGGUAAGCACCCUCACGCACCUUCGGACUCUCCAUGCGGAGGCGUGGCAGUGACUGCGAAGCCUCUCAGGCCGUUGAGGGGUCAGGCCAGCCGACCAUCCCGUGGACUGCCGUCGGCACGGGCUGCAUAUUACUUCGAGCUUGAGGUGCUGGAGACAGAUCCGGAGACCACUAGCACUCUGUCGCUGGGGUUCUGCUUCUUUGCAGGGAAGAAGAUGCAGGAGCCGCUUCCUCCAUCCGCCACCGAGUUGCCGGGUGCCUUCGUGCUUGGAGGAGAAUUGCCAAAGGCCCACUUCGGUGGCACGGAGAUUGGAAGCUCGCUGGAAUGGCGGCCACUGAUCCAUGUGCACGCGGGAAGUCGGAUCGGCGCACUACUCGAGGUGAGGGACUUCGUGAGUGGCUUGCGCGAGCUGCCGGUCUUGCGGGCAUCCAUAUUCCAGGACGGCACACUGAGGACUGAGGCCUCCAUUUGCCCAUCCGGCCUGUCAUCCCUGACACAGGAAGAGCAGAACUGCGUCCUAUCCGCAUCUGCAGGGCAAAGGCCACAUGGCCUGACGGAGGUCCGUGGCAACGUGCGGAGCCUCCGUCUUUGUACAGACGUCAGUGAACCGCCCUUGCUUCGCUGA